AUGAGGCCCAGGCAGAGGAACCCCAGCACGGAGCCCCCGACCCCCGUCAGCAUCUUGGGGGGCGGCGUCCGACGGCAGCUCGGGGCCAAGGAGCCGCUGCACGAGCGCUACCGGCUGCAUUCGCUGCUGGGCAGCGGCGGCUUCGGCCGCGUCUACGCGGGGACCUGCCUGGCGGACGGAGCCCCGGUGGCCAUCAAAGCCGUGUCCCGGGAUGGCAUCCGGCGCUGGGGCGAGCUGGUGAGCGAGCGGGGCCAGCGGCAGAAAGCGGGGCGGGACGGGCGGGGACGAGCCGAGGCCCGGCAGGGGCUGGCCGAGGGGGAGCAGGCAGACAGGCAUGGCAUCAGCCCCACUGACGACCCCGUGGUCCCCCCGCAGCCUGACGGCACCCGGGCCCCCCUGGAGAUCGUGCUGCUGGACAAGGUGUCCAAUGGCUUCCCUGGGGUCAUCCAGCUGCUGGAGUGGUUCGAGCUCCCCAACGGGUUCCUCUUGGUGAUGGAGCAUCCGGAGCCGUCUCAGGACCUCUCUCGCUUACUGAGGGCGUGGGGGUUCCUGCCGGAGGAGAUGGCGUGGGGGCUGUUCCGCCAGGUGCUGCAGGCCGUGCGGCACUGCACCAGCUGCGGCGUCCUGCACCGGGACAUCAAGCCCCAGAACAUCCUCCUCCACCUGGCCACCGGCGAGGCCAAGCUCCUGGACUUUGGAUGUGGCACCUUCCUUAAGGACACGGUCUACACCCAGUUUGCAGGUGAGCCCACAGCCGGGGGAUGCUCCUGGUGCCGGGCAUCGCAUGGCCAUGCCCGGGUGUGGCAGUGGAGAUUGCCCCUUUGGCCGAGGGGGAACAGGAUUAGUUCUUCAGCCAAGUUGCUUUUGAUGGGGCUGGGGGGUUACUGUGAGACAGGCCCCGGCCUUGGCGACAGCCUGUGCCACCCACCCUGUCCCGGGCUGGGAACACUGUCAUACAGCCCGCCAGAGUGGAUCUACCUCAAGCGCUACCACGGCGAGGAGGCGACCAUCUGGUCCCUGGCAUCCUGCUCUACCAGAUGGUCUGCGGGAAGCACCCUUUCCGCAAAGGCCCCAACACCAUCUGGGCCCAGCUCCCGUUCCCAGCACGGGUCUCUCCAGGUGGAUACCAAUCUUUGUGGCACGGGGGAAUAA